AUUUCAGAGAGAAAAGAGGAAAGGAGAAGAGAAGAGAGGGAUGGAAACGGAGAAGGAAAGGUUUAGGGAGAGAACUGGGAAGGGGGUGGGUCACAAAAAGAGAAAGGGAGAAGAGUUCAGGCUAAUCUUACCCAAUCGAUCCAGUGAUCAGGUGAUCGUUUAUGCGGAAUCAUGACACGAAAAUGGCUCGACAAUGCAAUCCACAACAAAGCUAUUUCUUUCUCUAGUUUUGCUUGAUAACCGCUGGAAUCAAAAUGCAAGGCAGACAUGGCAGAGGCGGCCACUCGUGCACCCCUCCUACCCCACCCCCAGUGGACCAGGGACAGUUCUCGGACUGCCCUAACAUCUAGCUUCUUGGAGCAUGGUCUUUAGCGCAGGGGCUCAGUACUGAAAGCAAGUGCCUUAAACACAGGCUGCAUGAUUUAACAAGGAAGUGGGACCUAGGAAGGCUGCUGCCGCCUAGGUAACCCAUCACCCGCUUCUGGGUCCUCUUGCUAACCCUCCAAAGCAUAGCGCCCUCGAAAACUCUGAGUGACUACGACCUUCAACCAUUCACCUCCCAGCCCCUGUCUAUGCAAAAAUCGCGGAGGAUUAGAUCAAUGCAAUGGGACCAGUCGUACUGGUUUAUUUGGGGUGUGUGUUAAGUCGAUUUUCUUACUAUGUCCGGAUCAAUUUCUGCAAGGGAAAGGGUUCCAGGGAAGUGUUAGUGAAAUGCACUAAUGGAAUACUAUUAAUCCUAAUGUUAAUGUCCCCAGCGCCAGUAAACUCUGAAAAGAACUGCGAGUGGGAAGAUCCUGCUGCAGGAUUUCCGAAGCGCUGCUCUCCUGAAUUCUCAUUGGAUCGUCCCCAGCAGCCUAAAUCAGUGCUGCUGCUCUCUGAAGAUGACUACAGCCUAGCUCACUAGUUGUCUACUCCCUGUUUACAACACAUCCUUUCACUUCUCUUUGGAGAUCUGUUUGUCUUAUUCACCCUGUUCUCUUGGGUUACCCAGCUUUCUCACUGUGUGGGUACUCCCAGUUUGGUACAUUUGUUUGCCUGAGGAUUGUCACAAGAAAGGUUCCCACUGUUACCCAUUCUCAGAAAAGAAAAGAAAAGAAAAGAAAAGAAAAGAAAAGAAAAGAAAAGAAAAGAAAAGAAAAGAAAAGGAAAAAAAAAAAAAAAGCACUUCUUUAACAUUUUUGUCUCUUUUACUUUUGGGUUCUUGGCCCCUGGAAUAAGUAGCUUUCAUUUGAUUAGAUGCCACCAGGACCUACUGAGUGUUUCCAACUCCUACUGGCCUGCAGCUCACAACUCUACAGUGCUUUGGAAGAUCAUGGGAUAUCUCCUUGAAUCAUGGAUAUGUUUCUCUCACAGUCAUCUUGCUUCAUUAAAUUUCCUCUGGUGUUGAGGAAAAGCUGAGAGGAUGAAGGCUCUAAGUCCCCAGUGGAAGCAUGAUAUGGCGGCGCAGAGCUGGUGCUGAAUUGUCCUCUCUGAUGGCUCUAUGGGAGUGGAUAGUACUGAGUCUUCAUUGCUGGGUUUUAGCGGUUGCUGCUGUCUCUGACCAGCAUGCCACAAGCCCCUUCGACUGGCUCCUCUCUGAUAAGGGACCCUUCCAUCGCUCACAGGAGUACACAGAUUUUGUGGACAGAAGCCGACAGGGAUUUAGCACAAGAUACAAGAUAUACAGGGAGUUUGGUCGUUGGAAGGUAAAUAACCUUGCAGUUGAGAGAAGAAAUUUCCUUGGCUCUCCUCUGCCUCUUGCCCCUGAAUUCUUCCGCAACAUAAGACUUUUGGGACGACGACCUACUCUACAGCAAAUCACAGAAAAUCUUAUCAAGAAAUAUGGGACUCAUUUCUUGCUAUCGGCUACUCUGGGAGGAGAGGAGUCACUCACAAUUUUUGUGGACAAGCGGAAGCUGAGCAAAAGAUCUGAAGGAAGUGAAACCAGUACCAACAGUUCAUCUGUUACUCUGGAGACCUUACAUCAGUUGGCUGCUUCCUAUUUUAUUGACAGGGACAGCACCCUUCGCAGACUUCACCAUAUCCAAAUUGCAUCCACUGCCAUCAAGGUAACAGAAACGAGGACGGGUCCUCUUGGCUGCAGUAACUAUGACAACCUAGAUUCUGUCAGCUCUGUUCUGGUUCAGAGUCCUGAGAAUAAAAUUCAGUUGCAAGGGCUUCAAGUUCUCCUUCCCGACUACCUUCAGGAACGUUUUGUACAGGCAGCGUUGAGCUACAUUGCUUGUAAUUCUGAGGGGGAGUUUAUCUGCAAGGAUAAUGACUGCUGGUGCCACUGUGGUCCAAAAUUCCCAGAAUGUAAUUGCCCUUCCAUGGAUAUUCAAGCCAUGGAAGAGAAUCUUCUUCGAAUAACAGAAACAUGGAAAGCUUACAACAGUGACUUUGAAGAUUCAGAUGAAUUCAAGUUCUUUAUGAAACGGCUACCCAUGAAUUAUUUCCUCAACACUUCAACUAUAAUGCAUUUGUGGACAAUGGAUUCUAAUUUUCAGCGCCGCUAUGAACAACUGGAGAACAGCAUGAAACAGCUUUUCCUGAAGGCACACAGAAUUGUACACAAGCUCUUUAGCCUUAGCAAACGGUGCCACAAGCAGCCGCUCAUCAGCCUGCCGAGACAGAGAACAUCAACCUACUGGCUCACUCGCAUCCAGUCUUUUCUCUACUGCAAUGAAAAUGGCCUUCUGGGAAGUUUCUCCGAGGAAACCCACUCCUGCACAUGCCCCAACGACCAGGUAGUGUGCACAGCCUUUCUGCCCUGUACUGUGGGCGAUGCCUCUGCUUGCCUUACCUGUGCACCUGACAACCGCACCCGGUGUGGCACUUGCAACACAGGCUACAUGCUGAGCCAGGGACUCUGCAAGCCUGAAGUCGCUGAGUCAACCGAUCAUUACAUUGGCUUUGAGACCGACCUACAAGACCUAGAGAUGAAAUACCUGUUGCAGAAAACAGACAGACGAAUAGAAGUCCAUGCCAUCUUUAUCAGCAAUGACAUGCGCCUCAACAGCUGGUUUGAUCCUUCCUGGAGAAAGCGGAUGCUCCUGACCUUGAAGAGUAACAAGUACAAGUCCAGUCUGGUCCACAUGAUCUUGGGUCUCUCUUUACAGAUUUGCUUAACUAAAAAUAGCACGUUGGAGCCAGUGCUGGCUGUUUAUGUCAAUCCCUUUGGAGGCAGCCACUCUGAGAGCUGGUUUAUGCCUGUGAGUGAGAGCAGCUUUCCAGACUGGGAGCGGACUAAGCUGGACCUCCCUCUGCAGUGCUAUAACUGGACACUGACUCUGGGAAACAAAUGGAAGACAUUUUUUGAGACAGUACACAUCUACCUGAGGAGUCGCAUCAAGGCAAAUGGCCCCAACAGCAACGAGAGCAUUUACUAUGAGCCUUUGGAGUUUAUUGACCCAUCCCGGAACCUGGGCUACAUGAAAAUCAACAACAUCCAAGUGUUUGGCUACAGCAUGCACUUUGACCCUGAAGCCAUUCGGGACCUGAUUUUGCAGCUGGACUACCCUUAUACUCAGGGAUCCCAGGACUCGGCACUUUUGCAGCUGCUAGAGAUAAGAGACCGUGUAAAUAAACUCUCCCCACCCGGUCAGCGCCGCCUGGAUCUGUUUUCUUGCUUGCUUCGUCAUAGACUCAAGCUGUCUACUAGUGAGGUGGUGAGAAUUCAGUCUGCUCUUCAGGCAUUUAAUGCCAAGUUGCCAAACACAGUGGAUUAUGACACAACCAAAUUAUGUAGUUAACCAUAAAUGUCAAGCACAACCCAAAAUCUUGAAGGAGUUUUUACAGUGCUUUUGUGGAAGUUUAUGUUUGGAAAAGUAAAUUUAAAUUGUCUUUUCAAUAUCUGUCUUAUAUCAGUCAAUAACGUUGGAUGGCAAUUUACACACAUGAACUUGCUGACAAUGAAUAUAUUAUACUACAGUUUUGGUUUAUGAAUGAAAUAAGUACUGACACCAGUCUAGAAGACAUUCUACUUUUUACAAUAAAUUUCAUUUGUAAUUUUA